CACUUACGUGACAAAAAUAUCGCUUUGGGACGCUUUUAUAUCAUCGCUCGUGUUGUUUUCUACCGUUUUAUUCGACAUCUUUAUUCUGCUUUAGAUAAACUACAAGAAGCAGCAUGCCAAAAGUUCGCCGCAGUCGUAAGUCACCCCCAGAGGGCUGGGAGCUUAUCGAGCCAACGCUAGAAGAGUUGGAACAGAAGAUGCGCGAAGCUGAAACUGAGCCUCACGAAGGGAAGCGUAAACAAGAAUCACUCUGGCCCAUAUUCAAGAUCCACCACCAGAAAUCUCGCUACAUCUACGACCUGUUCUAUCGACGUAAGGCCAUCAGCCGCGAGCUGUAUCAGUACUGCCUUAAUGAGAAGAUUGCAGACGCUAACCUAAUUGCCAAAUGGAAGAAGACAGGUUAUGAGAAUCUGUGCUGUUUGAGAUGUAUACAGACUCGGGACACGAAUUUUGCGACUAAUUGUAUUUGCAGAGUGCCUAAGAGUAAGUUGGAAGAAGGCCGUAUUGUGGAGUGUGUGCACUGUGGCUGCAGAGGCUGCUCCGGGUAGUGCUGUAAAUAUAUUUUUUUGUAAAAUUCUCAGGCUCUAUAAACUUCGAAAAAUAAGCAUUGUUCUCUAUUUUUGCUGCCCCCAAGGCUGACUUUUUAGUAUAUUUUAUUAUGCAUCAGAAAAUAAGUAUCUAUUAUUAUGUCAGCUGACAACCAAAACUCACUAAUUAGGUACAAAAAAUAUUUAUUAUAAAUUAGCCUUACUUUGGUACUAGCAUGGCUCUUAACCUUUUGGACGUCAAUGACCAAUAUAUAUGCACCGUAGCGCGUAGGUUCAAUGCCAAAGACUGAUUAAUCGGUCAUAGACCACAGAGCAACAUAGACCUACAUGCAUAUGCAUAAAGUUCAAUUUUAGUUUUGACACUGGUGACAUGGCGUCUGGAUGACUACUUUUGUGUUUGACACAUUCAAUGCCGAAAACCUGACUAUUGGGUAUUUUAUGAUUUUGUUCCCAGGCCAGACAGUCAGGAUCAUUGUACUACAGCUUUACAUUACAAAAUGCAAAGAUAGAUAUAACUCCGUAUAAGUUACUCUAUGCAAAAUGUAUGUGACCUGGCACAGAUAUCUUGUUUGGCUGGGUGGCAGUGAAUGUGUAAAAUUGUGAUAGUAAUUAUUGAGUUUCAGUAGUCACCUGAUGAUUUGUAGAUUAUAUUUUGCUUGUAGAUGCAAGGAUACUUUUUAAUAUUUAGGGUUUCCAGUGUUUCAAGUAAAAAAUUGUUGCCAUUUUCAACGUUUGUGGUGAGCCAGACUAAGUCAAUGUUUUAGAUAAUAAAAUUUACAUCUUGUUCCACAACUUAUUCAUGUAAUGUAAAAUGUAUUUACAAUAGCUAUGUAAUAGUUGCACAUGCAAAAUUGACUUAUCCAGACACAUUGUAACUGAUAGUAGCAAUGUUAAUAAAAAACGCAUUUUAAUCUAGUUCCACGUAUUUUUGAUUCUGUCCCAAAUUAGCUUUUUGUAAAUACACUGCCAGCCGAUUUUUUAAACACUUAAAAAGUAUGAGAUAGUAUUUUCACUCUUUCCUCUUAUUGGCAAUAAAUAU